UCAGAGGACACAGACCUGCCCUACCCGCCACCCCAGCGGGAGGCCAACGUCUACAUGGUUCCCCAGAACAUCAAGCCGGCUCUCCAGCGCACUGCCAUUGAGAUCCUGGCAUGGGGCCUGCGGAACAUGAAGAGUUACCAGCUGGCCAGCGUCUCCUCCCCUAGUCUCGUAGUGGAGUGUGGGGGCCAGAUGGUGCAGUCCUGCGUCAUCAGGAACCUCCGGAAGAACCCCAACUUUGACAUCUGCACGCUCUUCAUGGAAGUGAUGCUGCCUAGGGAGGAGCUCUAUUGUCCCCCCAUCGUGAUCAAGGUCAUUGACAACCGCCAGUUUGGCCGCCGGCCUGUGGUGGGCCAGUGUACCAUCCGCUCCCUGGAGAGCUUCCUGUGUGACCCCUACUCAGCGGAGAGUCCAUCCCCACAGGGUGGCCCAGACGACGUGAGCCUGCUCAGUCCCGGGGAAGAUGUGCUCAUCGAUAUCGACGACAAGGAACCCCUCAUCCCCAUGCAG